UAAUUAAUUAAGCAAAUAGCCGCAGUCUUUUUCACGGAAACCAAAUCGAUAAACGAGUUAUAUAUGCUGCCCAUGAAAUCCAAUUCUCGCCGCCGACAAAAUGCCGUCAGUGCAGGCGCUGCUGGCGAUAAAAUUGACGGUUACAAUAAAGUAGUUGGUGCUACCGAAACAGAUGGAUUUAUUGAUGAGCAAUGGAGCAAUGUAACCCCGGAGAUAGAGGUGACACCUUGGAAAACAAUAGUUAUAAUACUCACAUUGUUCAUUGCCGGAACGAUUUGCAUUGGAUGUGCGGCCUUGGAGUGGUUCACUGAUAUGAACGGGGAAAGGGAGAGUAACGACCGCAUUUUAGCAAUGAGCGUAAUUGGGUCUUUGAUGAUUAUACCGGGCGGUUACUACUUCUAUAUUUUAUCCUGCAUUUUGCUACAUAAAAGUGGCUACACUAUGGACGAUAUUCGUCGAUUGGGAUAAAUGCCACACAGGAUGUAUUAGUAUGUACAUUUUUGUAAAAAUAUUUUUGAGGAUUUUUUUUCUUUAGUAUAUUUGAAUUUUGUGUACCAAAUGUUGUAUACAAUGCAUACAUAAGUAUCUAUAUGUACAGAAAUUGCAUUUCCCAAAAACAUAUAUGGAUUGCACAAAGCUGC